UCGAACUGACUGAGCAUGCUCAGUCGGAGCUUUAGCAAAGCUGUCCAACAGAGGGAGCUGCUAGGUCACGUGACCGGCAUGCUGGGUGAAUGUCUGCAUACAGGAGGAGGUGGGGAAAAAAAAAGAAGAACAAUCUGUUCGAACUCUCGCUCAGGCUUAAUGGAGGCCCUCGGUAGAAAGCAGCCUGCUGGUCUGAUCAAAGGGAUUACAGGGAAUAGAGAACUAAUGAAGACUGACAGUAUGAAAGACACACACAGCAAAGCAGAAGAAGGGCUUGAAGAGCCCUCAAUCAAGCAAGCAGAACCUUUCAAAACAGCAGAAGAGCUAAAUGGGACCUUUAAGAGCACAGAACCGGACAAAGUUCAGCAUGACCUUGAUGUCCAAAGGUCAUCCACCCAAUCGCAUACCAUGGAGAAUGGACUUUCAGAACCUGAUCCUCCUCACGGCUCUACAGUGGGCAGUAAUGGAUAUAUUCUCAGUAAACCCCAGGACGACUCUCCUGCUACGCAACACAGGACUACCUGGUCCCCUAAGGGAACCUCACCCAUAGGGUACGCAGCAAAAACACUCCCUCUUUCAGCUACAUCCCAAACCCAGGGCCAGGGAGCUUUAAGGACUAAUGCAAGCACAGGGCCCAGUCUGGCAGAGGGGCGGUUGGAAAAUGAGACUAAAAACGGCACUGCUACGAACACGCCUCCACGUGUGACAGUACACAGAGCACGCAAGACCAUGUCCAGGCCAGCCUCUAAUCACGCACUAAAGGUUUUAAACAGGGAAAUAAAAGAGCCGAGCGUGGUGAAAGGUGAGAGUGUGGACCGAUCAGAAGCUCAGCCACUUGUGCAGGCUCCUCCCAUUCAGAACCAGCUACCUCAGAAGCAAACUGAUGCCACACCAGCACCAGUCGGCACACCAGCCAAGCCACACACAGCAUCUAUGUUGAGGAAAAAGAAGAGAAAGAUGGGAACAUACAGCCUUGUUCCCAAGAAGAAGACCAAAGUGCUAAAGCAGCGCACAGUGCUGGAAAUGUUCCAGUGUGUGCCCCAGUCUUCACCCACUCCUCAGCCAAAAGAGGCCAUGCAGGUUAACGGUGAACGGGCAGAGAACGAGUCUGACGAAUCAGAGUCAGAAGACGAAUCCGAAGAUGAAGAAGACACGGUUGGAAAAGAAGAAACAGCUGAAGCAUCCCAGGAGGACAGCAGACUGGAAUCAAUCCCACAGCUUGGCGAAGAGCACGAGUCUGAAGAGACUGCAGAAGAAGAAGGGGAAGAAGAGCAAGAUGAGUCAGAUUUGAGUUCUGAAUCCAGCUUAAAGAAGAAGGUGAAAAAGAAGGCCAGAUCUGACAGCCCUUGGCUCCGGCCUGCUAGAAAACGUAAAAAGAAGUUGAAGACAAAAUCGAUGGAGAUUUCAGGUAUGAAUGCCCAGACUCGGUUCGAGAUUCCAGAGCAAACCCCUGCUCCUCCUCCUGCCCCUGCUGACCAAGAAAAGGAGUACACAGAGGUUCCGUUAGAGUCGCUUAACCUCAAAGCCCAGGAUGCCUUGCUGAAAUCCGAAAGCAAGGAAUUGUCUAGCACAGCACAGAGUUCGGUGGCGGACACGGUACAGGAGCUUCCGCUGUGUAGCUGCCGCAUCGAGACACCCAAGAGCCGGGAGAUCCUCACGCUGGCUGACAGGAAGUGUAUGGCCACAGAGAGUGUGGAUGGACAGCUGAGUCGGUGUCAAAGUGCAGUUCUGAAGCACGAGAUGAUGAGGCCGUCAAACUCCGUGCAGCUGCUGGUGCUGUGUGAGGAGCAUCGCACAGGAAUGAUCAAACAUCAGUGCUGCCCUGGCUGUGGCUACUUCUGUAGGGCGGGAACCUUCAUGGAGUGCCAACCAGAGGUGAACAUCUCUCACCGCUUUCACCGGCACUGCGCGUCAGUAUUGAAAGGUCAGAGCUUCUGUCCACACUGCGGCGAGGAGGUCGGCAAGGCCAAAGAGGUCACCAUCGCUAAAGCAGACACCACCUCUACAGUGCCGGAGAGCCAGAGCCCGAGCACCCCGGCAACUUCGGAGGGCAAAGCAGACACCACCACUGGAGGGUUGUCUCUCCUUUCGUUAUCGGGAGAAGGGAGCGUUGAUAGCACUUUAUCUAGACCUUCUGAAGCUGGGAAUGGAUUACUCACCCUCGAAGCCAGCAGGCCAGAGCACAUAGGAGCUGGGGCUGGACCCUCUAUAGCACCGCCUAAGGAGACUCUGGAAACCAUUUUGUUGGCACUGGAUGCAGAGAAGCCCAAGAAGCUUCGCUUUCAUCCUAAACAGCUGUAUAUCUCUGCUAAGCAGGGGGAACUGCAGAAAGUCUUAAUGAUGCUUGUGGAUGGAAUUGACCCAAAUUUUAAGAUGGAGAGCCAGAGCAACCGUACACCUCUCCAUGUAGCAGCUGAGGCUGGACAUCAGGAGGUCUGCCACAUGUUGGUCCAGGCCGGCGCUAACCUUGACAUAUGUGAUGAGGACCAGCGCACACCACUGAUGGAGGCUUGUGAGAACAAUCAGCUGGAUACAGUACGCUACCUACUGAGAGCUGGAGCCAUCGUCUCCAACAAGGAUGCUGAAGGCUCUACGUGUCUCCACCUUGCUGCUAAGGCUGGACAUUACGAUAUAGUAAAACACUUGCUGUUUACCGGCCUUGUGGACAUAAACUGUCAGGAUGAUGGUGGCUGGACUUCAAUGAUUUGGGCGACAGAGUACAAACACGUUGAACUGGUCAAGCUGCUGCUAUCGAAAGGUGCUGAUCCCAACAUCAGAGACAAGGAGGAGAACAUCUGUCUGCACUGGGCUGCCUUCUCUGGCUGUGUGGAGAUCGCUGAUGUCCUUCUGAGUGCCAAGUGUGAUCUUAACACCGUUAAUGUGCAUGGAGACUCGCCACUGCACAUCGCAUCACGGGAAAACCGGGUGGAAUGUGUCUCGUUGUUUCUGUUGCGGGGUGCUGACGCGAACCUAAAGAACAGGGAAGGAGACUCGCCACUAGAGUGCUGCAGCCAGAACUCCAAGGUGUGGAACGCUUUGCAAGCCAGCAAGAGGCAGAAGGAGGCAAGCGGUCAAGGACAUACCUCAGGAGAAAAGCUCCUCAACAGGGAUAUAUCUCGAGGUUAUGAGCGAGUACCUGUGCCAUGUGUGAAUGCUGUGGACAGCGAGCCCUGCCCCAACGACUACAAAUACGUGCCUGAUAGCUGUGUCACCUCACCCAUAAACAUUGACAAAAACAUCACCCACUUACAGUACUGCGUCUGCAAAGACGACUGCUCCUCGGCCAGCUGCAUGUGCGGUCAGCUCAGCCUGCGCUGCUGGUAUGACAAGGAGAGCCGCCUACUGCCAGAGUUCUGCUCCGAAGAGCCACCUUUCAUUUUCGAGUGCAACCAUGCCUGUUCCUGCUGGAGAACCUGCAAGAACCGCGUCGUUCAAAACGGACUACGGAUUCGACUGCAGCUGUUCAGGACUCAAAAAAUGGGCUGGGGUGUUCGGACAUUGCAGGACAUCCCUCGAGGAACCUUCGUCUGCGAAUACGUUGGGGAAAUCAUCUCGGACGCAGAAGCCGAUGUCAGGGAGAUUGAUUCCUACCUUUUCAGCUUGGACAGCAAGGUUGGUGAUAUGUAUUGUAUAGACGCCCGUUUCUAUGGAAACAUCAGCCGGUUCAUAAACCACCACUGCGAGCCCAACCUGUUCCCCUGCCGAGUGUUCACCUCCCACCAGGACCUUCGCUUCCCGCACAUCGCGUUUUUCGCCAGCAAGAACAUCAGUGCCGGAGACGAGCUAGGGUUUGAUUAUGGAGACCACUUCUGGGACGUGAAGGGCAAACUGUUCAGCUGCCAGUGCGGCUCGUCUAGGUGUAAGCACUCGGUGGUUGCGAUCGCUCAGCAGCAGGCAGACAGCACACCAGAAGAACAGCAGGCCACCACCCUUCCAGAUACCAGCUCGUCUACCACACCACCCAGCCCCACCUGAGCCUUGACAUGCUCCUGCACUUAUCCUCCAUCUACCAGCCACACACCUCAGCAGGGGAAUCCUAGCAGAGAAGCAGCCUGGACCACUUGCCUUUAUUGGCUUUGACGCUCUUGGUUUUAACUCGAUAGAUGAAGGGUUAUGCACAUGUACAGAUAUUCCUUGUUAACGAAGAAUAAAACGGCGCUGUAGCGCGUCGGCUCUCAGAAAGCCGAGGUCGUGCUCCAAGGCCGUCCCCGAGCCCGCUGCAGGAUUGUGCAUGACUCCGUGUCUUUUGAAGAACAUGCAGAAGACGACGUUUUAACCAACGUUACAGGCAUCCAGGCACAAUGCAAAAGCCGUGAUAUGUUUACUUUUAAUUCUAUUCCCGAUAUGAGAUGCACACCUACAUUUUCUCAAGGACUUGGUUCUGCAGGAACUUACGAUGAAGCGUUAGAAAUUCCAAAUGACAAUAUUUGAUCAUUUAAAAUUUUUUUUUUUUAAUUUCCCCAAAUAAAUGUGUUGUAUUUUCAAAAUAGCUGGAUGUGUGAUGAACAUAUGACCCCUUUUUGUUUUUUUUUUUUGUUUUUUUAAUUUGACUCAUUGUAAGCGUCUGUUCGUGUUGUUAAAUUCUAAUCGGUGCUGGACGUUAUUUAUUUGCCAGUGUUUGUCAAUCGAUUCCCAUCUGCUGGAUGUAUUCUCGUAAUCCUGCACAGACCGUGCGACGGAUUGCGAGCCUCAGAGACAAACUGCCCAUUUUGAGCUGGCUCCUGCAUGAUGCUGAUUAAACCCGAAAAGCUUCUUACGCUGUUCCAUUGCUGUGAAACUGUAACUUGGUCACGAGAGGACUUCUGACUGACCCUACUUUACGACUUCCAGGAGUGGACAAACUCAUCUCAGAGGCGACGGUCUUUCUUUCCUUCAUAAUAACCAUGUCAAAACUUUUAACAUUAGUCUGAUAGGAAUUGCAGAUAUGGAAUUUGUGGUUACCGAAUACUGCAAAUGGUGCUGAACAAAGAUUUUGUUUGUUUUUAUUUUUUUAUAACUCAAUGUGAGAAUACACAUUCUGAACUAAGAUUAACCAGUAAUGUUUUCUUUUUUUUUGUUCUGUUAACUUUUAUUAAAUUUACCUCCGGUUUUCUAACUGUAGAUGAUGACGUUGUUAACCUGUACCCAUUUUGUUAUGUUGAAUGAUUUCAUAUUGAUGGUGAAGCUCUGUCUUUUUUUUUUAAUGUUGAUAGUAUAGUCACACAACCAUUGUGCUCAUUCUGCCAUGUAGAUCCAAAACACUGCAAAAAGAAAAGAAAAAAAUGCUCUUUUUUUUUUCUUCAACAGAGACGAUGGUGGUUGUAUAUAUUUUUUUUUUUCUAAUAAAUUUACUUCUAAUAAACAGUG